GAACACAAUGAGGGUUGUCCUACUGGGGAAAACUGGAGCUGGGAAGAGCAGCCUGGCUAACACCAUAUUCAGAGAGGCCACAUUCAAAAUAAACCAUUUUAAUGACUUGAAAACACAUUCUUCUGAAGCAGAAACCAAAUCUGUCAAUGGAAGAAGCAUCACUUUGAUCGACACUCCUGGUUUCUUUGACCCAGGCAGGUCUGAGGAGGACAUGAAGCCUGAGAUGGUGAGGUGUAUCACUGAGUGUGCUCCUGGGCCUCAUGCUUUUCUCAUUGUGCUUAAAGUGGAGAAAUUCACCGAGCAGGAGAAAGCUGUCAUCACAAAAAUGUGUGAAUAUUUCUCUGAAGAUGCUUUCAAAUAUGCUGCAGUUGUCUUAACCCAGGGUGACCAGCUCCCAGAAGGGAUGAAGAUUGAAGAGUUUGUCAGUGAAAGUGAGCAUCUGAGUGAUCUGGUGAAGAAGUGCGGUGGCCGGUGCCACGUUGUUGAUAAUAAAUAUUGGAAGAUCAAACAGCAGGAUGAAUACAGGAGCAACCAGUUCCAGGUGGCAGAGCUACUCAACACCAUAGACAAGAUAGUGAUGGAAAACAAUGGAGGCUACUACACCAAUGAAAUGCUGCAAACAGUGGAGAGAGAAAUACAGAAAGAGGAAGAGCGCAUCAGACAGUCAUCAGGGAACAUGACACAGGAAGAGAUCAGACAGCAGGCUAAAAGCAGAGUCCUUGAGAAGCAUUUGAACAAAGCACCACGGACAUGGAUUAGAGCUUUUGUGGGUUUGGCGAUCAUUGCUGGGUUUGUUGCAACUGUGUUGAAGUCAAAAUUUAUGAAGGUAUUAACAGAGGUAUACCACUAUUUGAUGAAAAAGUAAUAUGAGGGAGCAAUCACACCAGUGAAGGCAGUAUAGACGACAUUUGAGGUUGUCUUGAACAAACUUUAUGAUUUGUACCAUUGAACCCAUUUGAAUAAAUAUUGAAGCAGAAUUCAACAGAUGUUAAUUUAAGCUUCUGACUUGAUGGAAGUCCUCGUGUCUAUGCUUCAAACGUUGUGGUGUUUCCUGUCAAAUGAAAAGCUAACUACUGUGAGUUACUGUUCAAUAAUAAUCAGAGUAAAUAAGAAGUUAAUCUAGAAGUAAUCAAAGUUUUGAUCUGAAAUCUGAAAGUGGUUGUUGGGACAUGGACUCUACAUGACUUUGUGGUGUUUUAUGAUGAUGAUUUGCUUUUGAUUAUUUGAAUAUUUAAUCACAUUCAGUGCAGGGAAAUAUGGAGUCUUGAGGGGCAGUAAAUGCCGUAACAA